CACGGUACAUAGGCCUUGCUUGUUACUCCAUAUGCUUUUAUCGCCAGUAAUGAACAUAUCUUCUGCAGCAGCGACCCCGCGAGCGAUAUCCAUUUAUCUACCCAUCCUGCCCCAGUCUGGCUGACCGUCUCGCUCCUCGGGGACUCACCCCCCACAAGACAGAACAUACCAUACCUGCCUAUCCGAACCAGAGUAAACUAAACUAACGUCAAGUGAACUCUGCUCGUGCGACCACACACAGACUAAUUGACUGACUGACUGACAACAUUGGUCGACGUCCGACGCUGUGGAACACCCGUCGUUUUCUGAUCGCUGGACGUACACAUAUAUGUAAUGCACAUGCAACGGAGGGCGUACAUGCACGGGGAUCUAGGUUGGGGAUGGUUAGUGGCCUUGUGUGUGUGCCCAUGGCAUGUGAUGCGUGCGGUAGGGUAUGGCCAUCAGUAUGUGCGCGCAAAGAUAUAUAUUUGUAUAUACGGGAAUGUGGGAUCGGGGAUGGAGGGGUACAUGGGACGGAAUAGGGGGUUCGUUGCCCCUGGCGACGGGUCUGCGUGAUUAAUUAGGUGCGGAUGUGGUUGACUAUACCGGUAGUUAGGCACACAUCGCCGAGUUUGACUAACAUGUCUGUAAGUUAUUUUGAGAAGUCAUAGGUGGUGAGUAGCAAGGGUAACCACGCCAACGAUGGCAACUGGUGGGGAAACACAGACGCCGUUUC